AUGGUCGGCAGCGGGAGGCAGGUUGUAUUGUGGUUGAGAGUACAACCCUCGUCAGAUGAACCCUUGUCAAGUAAAGCCUUUUGGGAAAUUCACACAAACGAAAAGGAAGUAACAGAGAAGGAAGUAACUCUUCACUUGUUGCCAGGGCUGGAAAGCCUUCAGUGUUUACAUAUUGUGUGUUCCCUGAGAACUCUUAAGGAGGACCUGUUUUGGCUUCCAUCAGGUGAACAGCUGCUUUGUGAAGCCAGCACAGUACUGAAGUAUGUCCAGGAAGAUUCCUGUCAGCAUGGCGUCUAUGGGAGGCUUGUCUGCACAGACUUCAAGAUUGCCUUCUUGGGCGAUGAUGAAUCUGCAUUGGAUAAUGAUGAAACUCAAUUUAAGAAUAAGGUUGUAGGAGAAAAUGACAUUACACUCCACUGUGUUGAUCAGAUUUAUGGAGUGUUUGAUGAGAAAAAGAAAACUCUCUUUGGACAACUGAAGAAAUACCCUGAGAAGCUCAUUAUCCACUGCAAAGACCUUCGAGUGUUCCAGUUUUGUCUGAGGUACACAAAGGAAGAGGAAGUCAAAAGGAUUGUCAGUGGCAUAAUUCAUCAUACCCAGGCUCCUAAACUGCUUAAACGAUUGUUUCUGUUUUCCUAUGCGACUGCUGCACAAAACAAUACAGUCACUGAUCCCAAGAACCAUACCAUAAUGUUUGACACACUUAAGGACUGGUGUUGGGAACUGGAACGGACCAAAGGCAACAUGAAAUACAAAGCAGUGAGUGUCAACGAAGGCUAUAAAGUCUGUGAGAGAUUGCCAGCAUACUUUGUUGUCCCCACCCCUCUUCCUGAAGAGAAUGUGCAGCGCUUUCAAGGUCACGGCAUACCAAUAUGGUGUUGGUCCUGCCACAAUGGAAGUGCCCUUUUGAAAAUGUCAGCACUGCCCAAAGAACAGGAUGAUGGCAUUUUACAAAUCCAAAAGAGCUUCUUAGAUGGAGUUUACAAGACCAUCCACAGGCCACCCUAUGAAAUUGUUAAAACAGAAGACCUGUCAAGCAACUUCCUAUCCCUGCAGGAAAUCCAGACUGCAUACUCUAAAUUUAAACAGCUAUUUCUGAUAGGCUUUCCCCCACUGCCUCCUUAUUGUGGCAGUGAUAACACGGCCACCCUCCUCUUCUCCCCUUCCUCAGCAUACCAGUUGCCCAGUGAUAACAGUACUGAAUUUUGGGACACAGAUAUAAAAUGGUUUUCUCUGUUGGAAAGUAGCAGCUGGCUUGACAUAAUCAGACGUUGCCUGAAAAAAGCAAUAGAGAUUACAGAAUGUAUGGAAGCACAAAACAUGAAUGUUCUUCUUUUAGAGGAGAAUGCAUCCGACCUCUGCUGUCUCAUUUCCUCUCUGGUGCAACUGAUGAUGGACCCCCACUGCCGAACCAGAAUUGGUUUCCAGAGCCUCAUCCAAAAGGAGUGGGUCAUGGGUGGCCACUGUUUCUUGGAUCGCUGCAACCAUCUCCGCCAGAACGACAAAGAGGAGGUUCCUGUGUUCCUGCUUUUCCUAGAUUGUGUCUGGCAGCUGGUGCACCAGCAUCCCCCGGCAUUUGAAUUCACAGAGACUUACCUGACUGUUUUGUCAGAUAGCCUGUACAUACCUAUUUUUAGCACCUUCUUCUUCAAUUCACCUCAUCAAAAAGAUACUAACAUGGGUAGAGAAGGCCAGGAUACACAAAGCAAGCCUUUGAAUCUGCUCACCGUGUGGGAUUGGUCGGUGCAGUUUGAACCCAAAGCCCAGACAUUGCUCAAAAACCCUCUCUAUGUGGAAAAGCCGAAACUGGACAAAGGCCAACGGAAAGGAAUGCGCUUCAAACUCUGUCUUCAGACCCAGAAUUUCUCCCUCACAGAGUCCACAAAAGAGAGAGCAGUGAUGCAUCAACGACAACUUUCUUUGCCACUUACGCAAUCUAAGUCAUCUCCCAAAAGAGGAUUUUUCAGGGAAGAAACAGAUCAUUUGAUUAAAAACCUUCUGGGCAAGAGAAUUAGCAAACUUAUUAAUUCUUCUGAUGAGCUCCAAGACAACUUUCGAGAGUUCUAUGACAGCUGGCAUAGCAAGCCCACUGACUACCAUGGUUUGUUGUUACCGCAUAUUGAGGGGCCCGAAAUCAAAGUCUGGGCCCAGCGCUACCUGCGCUGGAUUCCAGAAGCCCAAAUCCUAGGUGGUAGCCGAGUGGCCACUAUGAGCAAACUCUUGGAAAUGAUAGAGGAAGUCCAGAGUUUACAAGAAAAGAUCGACGAGAGACACCACAGCCAGCAGGCCCCCCAGGCUGAGGCCCCCUGCCUGCUGAGGAACUCUGCCCGCCUGUCCUCUUUGUUUCCUUUUGCUCUGCUCCAGCGACAUUCCUCUAAGCCGGUCUUACCCACCAGUGGCUGGAAAGCUUUGGGAGAUGAAGAUGAUUUGGCCAAACGAGAAGAUGAGUUCGUGGACCUAGGGGACGUGUGACCUGUUUAUUGAGUGACUGUGAAAGAGGAAUGUGGGAGAUUGGGACAGCUGAUCCCCGGAUUCAUGUCACGCAGCAGCUAAUGCUGGCCGGGUCCUUAGCCCGGCACUCCGUUGGAGUAAAGCUGGGCCUUCGGGAAAA